UGCUGCCCUGGCAACCAAACUAACAUUUCUGCAGCAGAAGUACAGGAAAAGUCAACUUCUUCAUAUGACACUGACUGGUCCGUACAUUUGUCCUCUACUGUUUCUGAUGCUGGUCCACAUUCAACUGUCAUGACUUCUUCUACGUCUGAUUCUCUUCUCCCUUCUCUCACUUCUGUUAUUUUUGUGUAACUGCUAUUAGCAUUGUCAGUUGGUUUGAAAGCCUGAGAUGUAUCCAAUGCUAAGACAAGCUCAGUGUUAGAUUCAUCAUCAUGUUGGCUGACAGUUCUGUCUUCCUCUGCGUAAGAUGUGACAACGGCAGGAGGUUCGGUUUGGACAACUUCAUCCUCCUGUAAGCUAUUACUGUUGCUGACAUCUUCUGAGUGAGUGUCUUCUGGCUCAAAACUGAAGCAGAUUUCAGUGGCACCGUUACUUGUUACGUAUGUGUGUCUGUCGGUGCCGUGAGUUUGCCCUGACGACCCUCCUGCCCCGCUGUAUUCCUUCUGCAUGACGACCCUGAGCACAGCCACCAGCAGCUCCUUGUUGUGGACGUCCCCGGUGCUGAUGUUUCUCCUGCCCAGUUCAGACACCACUUCCUCCAUGUACAGUCUGGGGAGAACUGCCAAGGUCACGUCCUGGGACAGACCCAGGGGUCGGGAGUCAGGGGUCAUGUCCUGGGACAGACCCAGGGGUCGGGAGUCAGGGGUCAAGGUCAUGUCCUGGGACAGACCAAGCGGUCGGGAGUCAGGGUUCAAGGUCAUGUCCUGGGACAUACCAAGCGGUCGGGAGUCAGGGGUCAAGGUCACAUUCUGGGACAGACCUAGCAGUUGAGGGUCAGGAGGUAAAGUCAUUUCC